AUGGUCCUCCAUCGCCAACAAGCUCAGUUCGACAGGGCAAGAUGGCGCAUGGCGCUAUUGCUGCCAUUCUGGAUCCUUCAGCUGCUCGUCCUUCUCACCGUCAUCGGCCUCUUCUCAUGGCGUCUGUCAGACACUCUCCAGAACUGGGAUUCCGAGGUCGAAACGAAAGGGAUGUUUCCCACGGUUGAAGUUGUAUGGGAGGCUGUCAACAUCGCAUUCUCCUUGCUCUGCCUCGUCGCCACCAUCUACGAAGUCUCAAAGCUCGCCGCUGAGACGUUGACACCAUGGACCAUGCUCUUCACCCACGUCCUCAAGUUAGUCGCCUCCCUGGCAGUUCUAGCCCUCGACGUCGUCGUCUUCGUCCAGAGAAAAGACAGCCAUUACUCCGUGGUCGGUCUCGGUUUGGACUGCUUUAUGAUUCUCCUCAUCUCCGUCCCCGGCUUCUACUCGAUCCAAACAUACCGCCGCCUCGCAAAGUACGACGACUACCACUACCCCGUCAACCACAAACCCUACGGCUUCAACGACCUCGAGCAGAACACAACCUACAACAGCCGCCUCUCCAUCGGCGCCCUCUCCAUCGGCGACCGCUCCCUCCGCCGCAUCUCCACCUCCUCCGUCAAGAGCGGCAGCAACACCCCCAACGCCCCCCACCAAACCCAACAACAGCAACAACCCCAGCAGCCCGAGCCGAAGCCCCUCCAGCGCACCCCCUCGCAGUACAACAACGAACGAGACACCCAGUUCGACAGGUACAUGGUCGAGCGCGCCAUGACGACCGAGUUCGGCUGGGCCGGCAGCCCGCCCGCCGACAACCCCCUCGCGCGCAGCGACAGCUACGUCGGCAGCGGGUCCGUCACCAACGGCAAGGUCGUGACGCGGGAGAGCAUGGGCCGCGUCCCCAGCUGGGGCAGCUCGCACGUGCUCGUCGCCGUGCCGGAGAUGGACGAGGACGACGCGCCCGGCCGCGGGGACAGGCAGGCCCUUUUGGCGGGACACAGGAGGCAGGGCAGUGACGACAGCGUCGGGCCGAGCACGACGACGACGACGCCUUACCACGCGUACCAGCCGCCCUCGUCGAGGGUGUCGCCGCCGGUUAUCCAGGUCGAGGAGUCGGAUAUCACGUCGGGCACUUUUGUCGCGGAGGUUGAGCGCAAGAGGAAGAGGAGUCAAUGA